UACUGCAUUCAGGGCAAGGUGCUGGAUUUAAUCUGAGGGAAUCUCAGUUUGAAAGUUUGAGGGAUCUCAGCUUCCACAUAGUCCAGAUCUUACACAAGACUUCCAUUUUUAUCAAAACUGACUACUAGUCAUCUAGCCUUUGUUGGAAGACCUGCAGAAGAGGAAUCUGUUACAUCUUUGAAGCAGACAAUUUUACUUUGGGACAAUACUUUUUCAAAAACUUUCUUAAAAUCUAGCUGACUUACUAGAGAAGAUGGCUCAACUUAUCAAAACCUUUCGGAACCACUGGAAGAAAACUACAUUUGGUGCCUGCCUGCUGACCUGGGGAGGACAUUGGUUGUAUGGAAAACACUGUGACAACUUACUAAGGAGAGCAGCCUGUCAAGAAGCCCAGGUAUUUGGAAAUCAACUCAUUCCUUCAAAUGCACAAGUAAAGAAGGCAACUGUUUUUCUCAACCCUGCAGCUUGCAAAGGAAAAGCCAGAAAUCUUUUUGAAAAGAAUGCUGCCCCAAUUUUGCACUUGUCUGGCAUGGAUGUGACUGUGGUCAAGACAGAUUAUGAAGGACAAGCCAAGAAACUGCUAGAAUUAAUGGAAAACACAGACAUGAUCAUUGUCGCAGGCGGAGAUGGAACUCUGCAGGAGGUUGUUACUGGCCUUCUUCGAAGAGUAGAUGAGGUUACCUUCAGUAAGAUUCCCAUAGGAUUUAUCCCUCUGGGACAGACCUGCAGUUUGAGCCAUACACUCUUCCCUGAAAGUGGAAACAAAGUCCAGCACAUCACAGAUGCCACACUGGCUAUCGUCAAAGGAGAAACUAUUCCACUUGAUGUGCUGCAGAUCAAGGGAGAAAAGGAACAGCCUGUGUUUGCAUUAUCUGGCCUCAGAUGGGGAUCCUACAGAGAUGCAGGCGUCAAAAUUAGCAAGUACUGGUAUCUUGGACCAUUAAAGACCAAAGCUGCUCACUUUUUUAGUUCUCUUAAGGAAUGGCCUCAGACACAUCAGGCCUCCAUCAUGUAUGUGGGACCCACUGAGAGACCACCCAGUGAACCUGAAGAGAAGCCUCCUAGGCCUGCUUUAUACAAGAGAAUAUUUCGAAGGCUUGCAUCAUACUGGACACGUUCUCAGAAUGCCAUCCCCCAGAAGAGAGAGCCAGAGGUCUGGAACGAAGUGCAGUUGUCCACCCUGGAGUUAUCCAUCACGACCCGGAACAGUCAACCUGACCUGACGGGCACAGAAGAUUUUAUGAACAUUUGCAUUGAGCCAGAUACAGUCAGUAAAAGUGACUUCAUAAGUAUAGGAAGUCAGAAGAUGAGAGAUCCUCUUUUGCAUCCUGAAGGCUCCGAGUACCUCCAGGCCAGCCAAUGUACAUUGGUUCUUCCUGAGGGAACAGAAGGGUCCUUCAGCAUUGACAGUGAGGAGUACGAAGCCAUGCGUGUGGAGGUGACACUGCUCCCCAAGAAACUCCAGUUCUUUUGUGACCCACGACGGAGGGAGCAGAUGCUCCAGGUGCCUGUGCAGUGACCAUGGACAAGAGCAUGAAGUCUGCUCUUUUUGAGGAGCAUAGGGCAUUGGAUGAAGGUCAGGCUGUGCUCUGCUACCACUUCUGGGGCCAGAAGUGGGACCAAGGAAGCCAAACCACACUCUGAAUACUAGUACCAUGCCAUUUUGGGAGCUACUUCUUGUGAAAAGUGUCCCUUGGAGCAUCCCAGAAUGUCCUGUUUACUAACACUUAUGUAGCCAGCUUCCAUUAAAGUGUGCUUCAAUCUUUGUCUCAACA